AUGCGCCACGUGAAUGUGUAGAUGAAAAUACAAACGAAAUUGCAAAGAACGAGCACAGUUGUACAGCAAAGUCAGACACUCCUCAGAGUCAAAGACAUGUAAUGAGUGCAAUCUCUACCUUCACCAAUCUUUACGAGCCGUUUCUCUAGCAGGUUUAGUUAUAUCGUGAAGCCCCAGCAGUACUAUGAGCAUGAAUUUCAUAGUUGAGAACCUUGGCGCGGAGGGUGCUCGUUUAGGAAGAUGGAUUUGCUCGAAUGGUGUUUCAGCUCUCCACACACCAGGAUGUAUGCUGUAUACUGGCUCGGGGAGUGUGCCCAAUCUAGGCACUGAGCUGUUGGCAGCUUUCCCCAGCCUUCCAGCUGUUUGUCAAAUUUCUGUUGCAUCUACGUAUGGUCGACCAAGCACAGCCACGCUGCAAGCUCUCAAGAAGUCGCUUCUAGAAUUCUACAAGCUUAGCAAGACCUCAUCAUCAUCGUAUGUAUCAGUACAGGAGGCCACACAAUGUGUAGAUCAUUCCUUCAAUGAGAAUAAGACCGUCUCGAUAUGGACGGAGUGCGAGAGGAUAAAGCUGUCGCCUGAUGCUUAUAUGAGCUUUCAGCAGGCAGCACGGCCGGAUGCGUUUGAGUCUCUGUGCGAUACGGUGGCGUCUUCGUCCACAGCCGCCAGCAAGCGGUGCAGCAGGUCGGUUGACCGGACGCUGCAGCACCUUGACCGGUGCCUGGAGUUACGAGCAACAAUGCCGGAACUGCAACACUCUGCGGUGUUUGGUGUCGUCGAGGGCGGUUCGUUUGUCGAGCACCGCGUGCGAUCGGCGAAGGAGACAGCAAAGCGACCCGUGGCUGGAUUUGCAUUUGAAGGCCUGGAGGUGAAGCCCGACACACUGGAGAGUGUGAUGACAACUGUCCAAGCUGCCGUGGCCGAGCUUCCUGCUGACAAGCCGCGCAUAUUCCACGGCCCAGCAUCACCAGAGGACAUAGUACGUCUUGUGGAAUGUGGCAUUGACAUUUUCGAUUCAUCAUAUCCAUACCUACUUGCUGAGAAUGGCAUUGCACUCAACCUGGAUCUUGCGUUGGAGAGUUGUGACUCCGAUGUUGAUGAAGGUUGCAUGGCAGCCUGUCCAUGCCCUGCAGCACCCAGUGCAGCUGCAGCAGCAUCAAACAGUGGUGCAGACAGCAGCUCGGCAGCGACGGCAAGUGACAGCACCUCAGCUGGCGCAGCGGUGCAAUCACCGAGCUCCGUAGCAGAGACUUCCGCCACCUCGGACAGCACCGUGGCAGAGUCGCGGCUCGCGGAAGCAACGACUGCAACGCCCCAUGCCCCAUCAUCUGUACCUGGUGAAACUACUGCGACCGGCGAAGAGCGUCCGAACAUAGCUGGCGCGGUUGCACACCCCGAUUUCUCCAAGCGUCGAACACCAAGUGUGGCUCUGGGACGUGAUGUGCAUUCGUUUGAGCUGGAUCUUACUCUUGAUAGGUAUCUGGAUGAUUUUGGCAAGCUGUCAGUGAACUGUCAGUGCCCAGCGUGCAGUCAAGGCUGUACACGUGCAUACGCGUAUCACCUUUUGAAAAAUGGAGAACUGCUGGCAGAUAUCCACCUGAUGCAGCAUAACCUGUACAGCUACAUCACCUUUUUCCAGGCGCUGCGAAACUCAGCACAGAUCACCGAUGCUGGCAAGCGUGCCAACGCGUGGCAUCGGCUGAAACAGUGUACCAGAAACUCGACAGCAGCAGCAUAGCCGGUUCUGAUGAGCAGCAAUCGUGGUUGAUACCCCAUCGUCGUAUGUGGUGGCAGAGACUUCUUGCGCUGUCAAGUCUGCCGUGUGCGGGUGUGUAAGUCAGAGUUGUGUUCGUAGCAGCUUUGAGCAGCGGUUGGACAGAAUCCAAUUUGCUUUGGUCAGCAUAGCUACAAUCCGAAGCUAGUGGAUUAGUCUGGAUCAGCAAGUGAUUGUAACUUUGCAUUGAAGGCAACCCGACCAGCGCCUGGGAAGUGGCAACGAAACACGAUGCCACCCUGAUCUCUCAGUUCCAUCAGGAUGAAGUACUUGAUAGUAUAGCUGUUCUUCUAGGUUCGAACAGCUUUGGGAUUCAUUGCUUGACCAGCUGGUGUAAGCAGCCGUGCUAAAAUAUAGCAUAGCUCGGACAGCUCUUACCUAUCACUCAUCUAUACGGACCUCUACUUUAUGAUUAUUUGGAUGUUUUAGCUAUUUGAAAGUACUAUUCCCUUA